AAACAAAAAAAAAAAAGUCAGUGUAAAUUUUAUUAUUCAUUACAUUAGUUUUUUAAAAAAAAGCAUACAGUUUUUUUUUUUUUUUUUACUCGGUAUAAAAAUUUUUUUUUUAACAAACUGUGCCCGAUUCUACGUGCAUUAAAUAUGAUUAAUAUUAACAGUGAAAACAGAAAAAUAAAAAUGGAAUUUGAUUUACUCAAGCAGAGAUAAUAGUAAUUGAUAUUUUUGUGACGGUAAAAGCUUAAUGAAUAAUGACGACAACGUGUAUAUCACCAUUUUCUGAUGGUCUUUAUUUUGACUGCAACAUAUGGGUACCUGGUGACGAAUAUCACGAGUUGACGUCGUCAUCUAGUGGCAACUCGGAGGAAAUAGACAAAGAAUCAUAUGAAGAAUACGCAAGCGAAGAUAAUUUUUCGGAAGAAUCGGUUGAAAAGCAGAAAUACGUUGAAAAGCCUAGUUUAAACGAGAUUCUCAGACAAAAGCAAUGCACAAAAAAGCUUAGUGAGGGUUUUCGAAACUUAUGUAACGAAUCUGGCAAGGCGAAGACAAGCUCUCUAAUUAAGCUCGCGCAAAAAGCUGGAUUUGCACCAUCUAAGAAAGAAGAAAAUAACUUUUUAGAGACAUGUGGAGAAAAAGCUUCCUAUCAAGAGUUUACAGAGUGGUUGCUGUCUAUUGCACAUUUAGAAGAUUCCGUAAAUGAAUUGAGUCGCUUUUUUAAACAUUUUGAUCAUAAUAAAUCUGGAAAAUUGUCCCGUAAUCAAAUAACGUUUAUUUUAAAACACCUAGGUGACCAUUUGACGAAUGAAGAAAUAAAUUUCCUACUAAAAAGUGCAAACCAGAAUUCUAAUGAAGUCGAUUAUUCCUGUUUGGCCAAAAUGAUACUCAUAAACAAAUGAAACAAGCAUUAGUAAAAAUGUUGUACCUUUUAGAUUAUUAAAAAACAGAGUAAUAUCGACAUUUUCAUAUAAUUAUUCAUCUACGCCUUUUGCGGGCGGGAGUACAUACACAACUUUUUAAUAAAAUUUUUGAAUCACAACACGAAAAUGUUUUCAUUCAAUGCUCGAAAAAUUGGCUUACUUUUUUUUUUAUAUAUUCUACUAAGCUGUUUGACAAGUUCCCCAAACGUUUUGUGUCAGGAUUCAGGUGCAAGUAAAGAAAACAAUCAAGGUGAUGCAGUCGCAAGAUAUCGUAUUUUAGCUGAAAUGCUUGUGGUGCAAACCCGACUUGCACUACAACUGGCUCAAAUGGAAAAAAACGUAGCAGAAUCUAAACAAAACAGUUGAAUGCAUCAAUGUUAUUCUCUUAUGUUUAAAUAAUGUAAAUUAUACACAGUAAUAAAUUGGUAAUAAAAAUGAAAAAAAAGGCAGAAAUAAUUGCAAUACUAAAUCACUUUGUUACGUCUUUCAUGUUUUAGUUAAAUAAAUCAAAAAGUAAAUCUGACCCAAGUACCUAGUUAAUUACUGUGACUACUAUGAUUAAAAGUGUUCUAUUUUUUCAAAACGAAUUCUGUUUUUGGUAAGCUUUUUG